CCAUCCAUCCUGUUCCUUUCAACUUUCAAUUUACUUUUGUUGUUAUACAUUACGGAUAGCGUUUGCUUUUUCCUAGCGUGAUUCUCCACAAGCCACCGCCAUGGAGGAGGGUUCAGCAACUGAAUUCCAGGACUGGGAGGUUCUCCAUGAGGAUGACGACACUUUACCCCAAGUUUACUCCUCCAAUUUUCCCGAUUCCAGCUCGAGAUUUCUUCAGGUUAUUGAAGGCGAUUCAGGCUCUGCAAGCACAAUCUGGUUGGAUUACUUUUCUCUUCGUGAUCACGAAACGAGUGCAAACACUGCCCUGGAGUCUAGUACAAGCAAGGAGUGUUUGAAUGACACUGAUUUGGAAAAUCGGAAUUGUCGGGAGAAUACGAGUGAAUUAGGGUCCGAGUUGGGAGAUGGCCUUUUGAGCGAAGAUGAAUUAAACCAGCCUCAUGCGAACGUGCUUGCAGAUAUUAUGAAAAGCGUAACAGGUUUUGAAGAAAUUACAGCCGACGCCGAGAAUUUGGAGAGACGGGAGUCCGACGAUGCUAAAUUGAGUGGCUCUGCUUUCGUUGCUAAAGAUGAACCAGUUUCUGCGAAGGACAUGUAUAGCUCAAUGGAAUCCGAAGAUUCUGGUGAAGAUAGUGAGAUCCAGGAUGAGGUUUUGGACGACUCUUAUUCUAAUUCGAGUGGAAAUGAGUCAGUUGCCAUGAAAUCUGGAGACGGCGACAGUGUUGAGGAUAUUUCAAAGGAGGAUUUGGGUGGAGAAUGGAAUGAGAAAAUAGAUGCCGCAAAAGAAGUGAAAGUGGAGGCAGCAGACGCACAGAGAAGGAGGGUUGUGUGGUGGAAGGUUCCUUUUCAGGUGUUGAGGUACUGCUUUUUAAGGGCCAGCCCCGCCUGGUCUUUCUCUGUGGCUGCCGCUUUCAUGGGAAUCGUGUUCUUGGGACGUAGAUUCUACAUUAUGAAGAGGAAAACUAAGAGCCUUCAGUUGAAGAUUGCAGUGGAUGAUAAGAAGGUAUCACAGUUCGUAGAUCGAGCUGCACGCUUGAACGAAGCCUUCUCGGUAGUGAGACGGGUGCCUGUGGUGAGAGCUUCGCUGACAGGUGCUGGUGCAAACUCUUGGCCUGCCAUGAGUAUGAGAUGAAGCUUUUUGUAUUCAUGAAAUUGUUAGCUGUUUCUGGAGGUUGAGGUUUCCAUAUGUAUCAUAUAAUAAGAUAGGUAAUUGUGAAGUUGAAUGCUUUAUGUAAAUGAAUAUAUAAGCUUCUUUCCGUUUUACUGCACUUUGUUUUGUUUGUCAGGAAACUCAGGGAAAUGGCCGAUAAGCCUCUUGAAUUAUGUCAUUCAUAUACAAUUAUGUUUGAAUAUCUAGUUUCUUAUUAUAUAGUUAAUUAUAA